AUGCAUAACUAUAAAUGGGAAGAAGAAAGAGGUGAAAUUUUUGAUCAACCAACUAAGGAUAUAAUUCUUAAAGACAUUAUCAAAAGUAAAAUUGAAAGAAUUAAGGAUUUAGAAAUAAGUGUAGAGGAAUUAGAAAAUGAGAUACAAGUGGAACGAGAGAAAGUUAAGAAUAUCUUAACAGUUGAUGAAAAAUAG